AUGGUGUCUGCCAGCGAGGUCACGAAGGGAGCGCUGCCAGUCAAAGCGUUUGAAGCAAUACUCGCAGAGAAACACGCCAUCGGCGAGUACGCCCGUUCCAAGCCGUCGUUGACUGUCGUGGAGGUCAGUCCAGGAUGGUACAUGGAGAACUUUCUCCCCCCUGAGCUCGCCGCCGUGUUCGGCGGCCUGCCAUACACACCUGACGCGGAGGGGUACAUGACAUUCAGCAGCCCACGCUGGGGUGGCAACGAGGAGGUGCCUCUCAUCGGUAUCGAAGCCGACUACGGCGACCUUGUUCACGGCGUCUUUCUCGCACCAGAGAAGUACAAGGGGAAGCGCGUUCAGGGCAUGUCGCAGUCGAGAGCCAUUGACCGGUUCGGGGAAGAUUUCGAAGUCGGUAUGCUGCUCAUCCCCUUUUCAUGA